AAGGGGCAAAAAAUCACCUCAAGAUACAAAAUGGGGGCACCAAAUCACCUCAAGAUACAAAAUGGCGGCCAAAGGGGCAAAAAAUCACCUCAAGAUACAAAAUGGGGGCACCAAAUCACCUCAAGAUACAAAAUGGCGGCCAAAGGGGCACCAAAUUGCCUCAAAAUACAAAAUAGGGGCACAAAAUCACCUCAAAAUAUGAAAUGGUGGCCAAAGGGGCACCAAAUCACUUCAAGAUACAAAAUGGCGGCCAAAGGGGCACAAACUCACCUCAAGAUACAAAAUGGCGGCCAAAGGGGCACGAAAUCACCUCAAGAUACAAAACAGGGGCGCAAAGUCACCUCAAAAUAUGAAAUGGUGGCCAAAGGGGCACAAAAUCACCUCAAGAUACAAAACAGGGGCACAAAAUCACCUCAGAAUAUGAAAUGGUGGCCAAAGGGGCACAAAAUCACCUCACGAUACAAAUUGGGGUCACAAAGUCACCUCAAGAUACAGAAUGGGGCCGCCAGAGGUACGAAAUUGCCUCAAAGUGUAAAAUGGGGGCACCAAAUCACCUCAAAAUACAAAAUGGCGGGGGGGACAUGUUGGGAUGGUCCGAAAAGCGACCUCGAGGUGGCCGAGCAGGUUUUGGGGUGAAAAUCAUCACUUAUGGCACAAAAGAACGUGGCCCUGCGAGCCACCUGCACCCCAAGGAGAAGCCGGGGGGACGUGUCCCCUAUGGGGCGGCCUCGGGGUGCUUGUGUCCCCAGAGCGGGACAUGGCGGCUCCUCCAGAUGUUCCCCCCCACCCCCACCCCAGCUCCUCCAGCUGUUCUGAAGUGGUUUUGUGGUGGGGAUGUCGCCACGGAGCCGCCUCCAUAUCAGCUCCGGUUUCGUUUCUGCUGGAGAACCUCCCUCCUGAACUUCGCCCCGUCCCGCCCUCCCGAGGCGGAAACGGAGCCAUCGAACCCCAUGGCGCCGCGGCGGCGCCGUGAGAAGGCUCCGUGUUCCCUUUGCCGGGAGCCCUUCAAGACCUUGUUGUCCUUCAAGGGCUGCGGCCAUGGCAUCUGCGGCUCCUGCGCCGGCCGGUUGCGCGUGGGCGCCACCGAGACGUGUCCCCAAUGUCUCCUCGUCCCUCCGGGGGACAGCGAUGGCGACGAGGGGCACUCGAGCGAUGGAGGGAACGGCAACCAACGACCGGCGAAGCCCCCCAAGAAGUGCCCGGAGCACGGAGAAGCGCUGGAGAUGUUCUGCAGGGAGGAGGGACGGCCGGUCUGCCGGCGCUGCGCCGUGUCGCCCGCCCAUCGCACCCACCUCACGGUGCCCAUCGAGGAGGCGGCCGAGGAGCACAAGGCGAAGCUGGAGGUGCUUGUGAAGCUCCUACAAGAGCACAAGUUGGACCUUCAGAGCCAGAUGUCCCAGGAGGAGAAGAAGUUGGACGAGUGGAAGGGUAAAACCUCCAGAGAGAGCGAGAUGCUGGAGAAGGAGUUCGAGAAGCUCCACGACCUCCUGUAUGAGGAGGAGGAGAAGCUCCAGCGGAGGCUGAAGGGGGAGAAGAAGGCAACGGCCACCAAGCUGCGCAGCAACAUCACCCAGAUGAUGGAGCAGAGCCAGGAGCUGGAGCUCCUCAUCCGCAAGAUCAACAGGAGGUGCCAGCAGCCGCCCUUGGGGCUCCUGAAGGACGUGGAGAAGCUCCUGAGCAGGAGCCAAAAUGUCCGCGUGUCGAAACCAGAUGUGGUUCCCAUCGAUCUCCAAGGGACGUACGACACCCCCACCGGCUUCAUUUUUGGGUUUUUAGACCAAUUUAAAGUGGCCAUGACCUUGGACCCAACGUCCGCCCACCGCAGCCUCGUGGUGUCCAAGGACGGCCGUUCGGUGCGACACGGGGGCGAGCGGCGGGACGUCCCCCCCGCCCCCCAGCGCUUCGACCCCUACGUCUUCGUGCUGGGCUCGCGGCGCAUCACCUCGGGACGCUGCUACUGGGAGGUGGACGUGGGCGACAAGACCGAGUGGGACCUCGGGGUGUGCAAGGAGGCGGCCAUGAGGAAGGGGAUGGGUCCUCUCAACCCCCCGUCCGGCUUCUGGAGGUUGUGGUUGAGGAACAACGACCGCUACAAGGCCCUGACGUCGCGUCCCGUCGCCGUCUCGGUGGCGGCGAAGCCGCGGCGGGUGGGGAUCUACUUGGAUUACGAUGGCGGGGACGUCACCUUCUACGACGCCACCAACCGAAGGCACCUCUACACCUACAGCGGGGCCUUCGCCGGGGCCCUGCGGCCGCUCUUCAGCCCCGGCUUGGCCCGCGGCGGCGCCAACGCCGAGCCCCUGGUGCUCUGCUGCACUUUUGGGCCAAAAUGAGGGAGAUUUUCAGGCCCGGUUACGUCAGGGUAUCGAUUGCGGCGCAAAAUCCGCCGUCUUCCCGUUCCAGUUUUACAGUGUGAAAGAAAAAUGGGGGUUUCUAGCCAAAACAAGAAGGGCUGAGGCACAAAAUAAGGCCCGGGGCCCAAAACAACAAGGCUCAAGGCCCAAAGUAAAGCCCAGGAUGCAAAACAAGGCCCAGGGCCCAAGACAAGGCCCAGGACGCAAAACUAGGCCCAGGACGCAAAACUAGGCCCAGGACGCAAACCAACCAGGCCCAAGCCCCAAAGUAAAGCCCAAGACCCAAAAGUAGGCCCAGGGCCCAAAAUAAGGCCCAGGGUGCAAAACUAGGCCCAGGGCCCAAACCAACAAGGCCAAAGGCCCAAACCAACAAGGCCAAAGGCCCAAAACAACAAGGCCAAAGGCCCAAAGUAAAGCCCAGGACCCAAAAGUAGGCCCAGGGCCCAAAUUAAGGCCCAGGGGGCAAAACUAGGCCCAGGGCCCAAACCAACAAGGCCAAAGGCCCAAAACAACAAGGCCCAAGGCCCAAAGUAAAGCCCAGGACCCAAAACUAGGCCCAGGGCUCAAAAUAGGGCCCAGGACCCAAAACAAGGCCCAGGGCCCAAACCAACAAGGCCAAAGGCCCAAAACAACAAGGCCAAAGGCCCAAAGUAAAGCCCAGGACCCAAAAGUAGGCCCAGGGCUCAAAAUAAGGCCCAGGGCCCAAAAUAAGGCCCAGGGCCCAAAACAAGGCCCAGGGCCCAAACCAACAAGGCCAAAGGCCCAAACCAACAAGGCCAAAGGCCCAAAGUAAAGCCCAGGACCCAAAACUAGGCCCAGGGCUCAAAAUAAGGCCCAGGACCCAAAAUAAGGCCCAGGGCCCAAAACUAGGCCCAGGGCUCAAACCAACAAGGCCUCAAACUGCCAGAAUUUAAAUCAACUCUCUAUUUUCAUUUUGUUCUUCUUUUCUUCUUCUUUUCUUCUCCUUUUUAUUCUUCUUUCUUCUUUCUUCUCUCUUCUUCUUUUUCUUUCCUGGGUUGUCGAUGUGAUUUGAAUUCACCCAUAAUUAAUUAACCUGUGCUAUUUAAUUAACCUGUGCUAUUUAAUUCACCUGUAUUGGGGGGAAAAGAACCCCCCCAAUCCAAUGGCGUUUGGGUUGAGUCUCUAUAAACACCCCCCACCCUUUCUUUGGAAAUCCCCGGGGGUGGGGGGGGGGGGGGGGGUUUAUUGCUUUAAAAUAAAAUAGAAAUAAAUAACUUAAAAUAAAGUUAAAUUUAAUUAAUUAAAAUUAAAUUAAAU